AUGACGAGACAACUUAUCCCCGGCGUUUACGUCCCUACCGUCGCCUUCUUCAAAGAGAAUGAAGACCUAGACCUCCCAACCGUCGAAGCCCAUGCUGCUUACCUCGCUCAAGCUGGUGUCACCGGAAUCGUCACUCAGGGAAGCAAUGGAGAGGCCGUCCACCUUGAUCGGGAGGAGCGCAAACUUGUUACGGCUCACACUCGUAAAGCUCUCGACGCCGCCGGCUUCACCUCCAUGCCCGUGAUCGUGGGCUGCGGAUCCUCGUCCACCAGAGAAACGAUUCGGUUCUGUCAAGACGCUGCAGAGGCUGGAGGAGACUAUUCCAUUAUCCUUCCGCCAUGCUACUACAAGGGCCAGGUGUCUAACGAAGCCCUGCUCGACCACUUCCGUAUCGCCGCAGACGCCUCUCCUAUCCCUGUCCUCAUAUACAACUUCCCCGGUGCUUCAGGUGGCAUUGACCUCACGUCCGACGAUAUCCUUGCGCUAUCUCAGCACCCCAACAUCGUUGGCACCAAGCUCACCUGCGGCAAUACCGGCAAACUCGCCCGUAUUACGUCACAGGCCAAGCCCUCCUUCCUUACCUUUGGUGGCUCUUCCGACUUCACCCUGCAGACGCUUAUCGCCGGUGGUGCUGGUGUGAUUGCUGGUAUUGCCAACUUGAUUCCCCGCUCCUGUGUGAAGGUCAUGGAGCUUUACAACAGCGGUAAAGUGGAGGAGGCACAGAAGCUCCAAGCGAUCGUGGCCCGUGCGGACUGGCUUGCCAUCAAGGGAGGAUUUGUGGGGGUGAAGAGCGCAUUGCAGACAUAUCGAGGGUAUGGGAAAUACUCGCGUCGGCCCUGCGUGGCGCCGUCUGACCAGGAAGCAGAGGCAAUCAAGGAGAGCAUUCGUGAGGGGAUGGAGACGGAAAGAUCAUUGGAAAACUGA